AUGAUCUCGCGCAACUCCCAUAAGAGGUCGCUCUCCUCCGAGCACCGGUCCUUAUCUCCUGACCGAACCGUCACGAAAGCGAAGUCCACCACCAAUCUCUCCGAGAUCGCUGCUGCCAAUGCAGCGCAAAACUCCGGAUAUUACGAAAGCAGUUUCAGCACAUUGCAAGACCCGCGAUUGCUGAUCGGGUCGGAGGUCUCGCAUUCGACGUCAUCGUCUCACCACCCGGAUCUGAGCAACGAAGUAGCGGCAUUGUCUGUGAAAUUGAUCCAGGCUAUCAACAACCAAACAAACCUUGACGAUAACCUGGUCGCUACUCGGCAAGAGCUAGAGCUGGCUCAGGGCAAAAUUCAAGCUCUGGAGUACCAGAACGAGAAAUAUCGGCGAGAUAUUGAUAACCAAGUCUAUAUAAAGAAGGUCGACUCUGAUCGCGAAAUUUCACAAUUACGAGAUGCAUUAGCAGAAGAAACGACCCUGCGUCUCGCCGCUGAAAAGGGCAGGAAAAAUAUUGAGCAAGAAGUGGAAACUCUCACUGCGGCUCUUUUUGAAGAAGCCAAUAAGAUGGUAGCUUCGGCUAAAAUUGACCGAGAGGCGGUGGAAAAGAAGAAUGAGCAAUUGCGUUCACAAGUCAAAGAUACCGAGUUACUCCUGGCAUCGCACCAAGACCAGCUUGCCGAGCUCAAGUCUGUCAUGCAAACGAUGAAUCUUCACAAAGAUGACAUGGAAUGCCGUCUCGCUAACAGUCCAUCGUCCCCGGACGAGUCACAAGCGCAAGGUUCUAACCAAGACACUGAGUUUGAACCCGUUCCUAUAUUGAUUGGCAACCCGGAGGAGUUCACCCCGGGUCCUUCCUCUAGCUUCCCUCAUCUCCUCCGCAUGGUAUGUCGCGCGGAUUUGCAGGCUUAUGAGGAUUUCCGCGAUUUGCUGGUACUCUCUCGGAGCUCAAAACCUCCCAGCCGUGCUGCUAGUGGGUCAUAUGGAGGCCUCAACGUGAUGGGCCUGGCAAGCUUUGCGAGUGGAGGGUCUCCAUCGUCGACCUCAUCACCUACCAAAGGGUUUAGCUACUCCCCUAAUGGGAGCAUAUCUUCCACAACGGGUUCGGGAUUUUCCUUGAAGGAAACUCGCUUCUACAAGCGGGUGCUUAUGGAGGAUAUCGAACCUACAUUGCGACUAGAUCUAGCGCCGGGGAUUUCUUGGUUGACGCGGCGUACCGUUCUAAGUGGUAUCUGUGAAGGCAGUCUCGUCGUCGAGCCAAUGCCCACAUCAGCUCAGAAAUUCGAGUUCCCCUGCUCUGUCUGUGGUGAACGCAGACCCGGCACGUCUAAUGCGAGAACCCAUCGUUUCCGAACGUCAGACAGCGAGACUGCUCAAAGGUACUCCCUUUGCAUUCUCUGCUUAGAAAGAGUGCGCUCAUGUUGCGAGUUCACUGGCUACUUGCGUCUCAUCCUUGAUGGACAUCUUCGGGCUGGGGAUACCGAAGAAGAAAAGGAAAUCUGGGAUGAGACUAUCCGUCUCAGAGAGAGGAUGUUCUGGUCCCGCGUCGGAGGAGGCAUCAUUCCAUUGGGCAAUCGCCCAAGCGAACCGGAUGUGCCGGCCAGCACAGAGCCUAAUACUGGCGUCCAAGACGAUGACGACCAGUAUCUCUAUCCUGUGGACGUUACUUAUCUCGAGCCCAGGACAGAAAAAGUACCCGUUGCUGAUCAAAUCGCGCCGGAAACACCAGUUAGAGCAUCCACUACUGAUCAUAUAACCCCCCUGAUCUUCCUCGACCUCAAAGUCCUAUCAGCAAGCGUUUAUGAAGAAGCCAGCACUGACGUGGAUGCCAAUACCACGGCACCUGCCCCCAACGAACCCUCGAUCAUGCAGAGUCGAGAGACAGACACAGACAUCGCCAAACCUAAUGGUUUGAGCGACUCUUUACCUCGGUUGAUCACAAGCGAUCAACACGAGUGA